CAUCCAACCCUCGCCUAGCCGGGACAAGGGCCUCCGUCUGCACACAUUUGGGCACGAGGAACCGCAGAUCGAGCUUCCCUCUCAAGAAGAGGCAAGGGAAAGGGAGCCUACUCCUAGCUUCGUUCCCCCAACCAUCUCUAGUGCUGAAACUCCUGUGCUCCCUAACACCCUGGAGUCAAGUAGGGGUUGGGUCUCAAUUCCCUCUUUGUUGUUUAGUGCCUCUUUGGGAGAGGGGGCGAGGAGGGGCCUUCUUCACCCAUCAUUGUUGAGGGCAUGGUGUUAUCCCUCCUUGUUCGAGAAGACAAGUAGGGAACGAACUCCCUCCACACCAAGAGGGUCGCCUAGGUCCGUCUUAGCCCUCAAACGCACAAGGCUCUCUGAGAAGGAACUAGGCAAUGGAUGAUUAUGUUCAUGAUAUGGGUGUGGACCAAUUGGCUGCCUGGACCGUUGACAAUUGGGCUAACUUGAAGGAUGAACUUUCCAGGCUAUGUUGCAUCUCGACAAGAGGGUUAAACCUCACAAUCAGCGGAUUAAAAGACUUGGAAUUCGAGCUAGCUGCUUCCAGCGAGAAACUUAUUCGGCUUUCCCCUCAAUUCCUAGCAACCAUGUUUGUUCGUAAUCGGGCCUUUUGUUAUGGCUAUGGCUACGGUGCUAGCUUGGAAAGGCUAAAGGCCUUCUUGCUAGUGAACCCCCAAACUGAUUUGAGGACGUUGAACCUCGAGUCCUCCAAGCCCGAUCGUGCUUCUCGUCAAUUUGUUGAUGCUUGGGAAGUGACUUGA